UAUUUCCAAACAAAGAUGACGCCCACUACAUUAGAAAUGUUAGACACAGCAAGUGAAUGCUCUAUAUCCGGGUUAUUCCAGGAACUUUUAAACAAGGGAAUCAAAGCAACACCGCAACAUGAGCCAUUAAAAAUAGGCGAUAGUGAAGGUAGUGAUUUCAAGCGAUUGCUUCAUAAGAAGAACAAGAGUGAAACAGAAAAGCAUCAUCAACAUCAUCAACAUCAUCAAGCUUCACCAGACUUUAAACCAGUCAUUUAUUUGAAUAAUAACUCUACCAACCGGUCUUUGAAGUUUGGUAAUUCACUUUAUAGUUUCUUAUUUCAGCAUGAAGAUAGAUACUUUAAUAACGACCGGGAUGAUUUAAGCAAAGAUAUAUUUCCGGUUGGACAGCAACACGCACAAUAACUUGAAGAAUGUUCCACAUUAAUUAAAUAUUGUAUAUUUUUUAACUUGAAAUAAAAAGCUGUAAUUGUUAUAUAUCCUUAAAACAAAA